AUGCCUCUCUUCCACUCCUCCUCCCACUCCAGCUCCGACCGGAGCAGUAUCGACGAUCCCAACACUACAUCUUCCCACUCUCACCGUCGCUCCCGCCGCUCCUCCGGCUCCCCCUCCCACUACUCAUCGUCCUCCACUUCUCCUUCCUCCUCCCGCCACCACAACCACUCCCUGUUCGGCCAUAGCCGAAAAAACGAAGACCCUUCCAUUCUUGCUGCCAAAGAGCAGGUUUCUCGCGCAGAAGCGGCUGAGAGGGAGGCUGAUAGGGCACUGAUGGCUUCGAAACGGGCCGUACGUGAGGCUAGGGAACAUGUGAGAAGGUUGGACGAGGAAGCAAAGAUGGAAGCACGCGCUGCGAAGAUGAAGCAGGAUCAGGUGAAGUCAAUUACGAAGCGGGCGAAGCCGUUGGGAAGACAUGUGUGAGGUCGCUUGCUGAUAGUCGAUGCGAAUUUUUGUUGACAGUGGAGGGUAUGGCAGACUGAGUCUAUGACCUUAUAAUUCUCAGCAUGUAAUUCUAUUGUAAGGUUCAUUUAUAAUUCGGUUCGGGUAUCGCUCCGUGGGAUUCUUUGCAGGAUACGAGUCAUGAGUUAUGAUUGAUACGUUUCUUAUGUUUGUAUUAUACUUGUGAUCUUAGUUGAGUACCAAAUUGCAUAUUAUGACGAAACAAACUGUAUCUGCUACUUAGAUAUUGACUGU